AUGUCUGGACGUGGGAAAGGCGGUAAAGGUCUUGGAAAAGGUGGCGCUAAGCGCCAUCGAAAGGUUCUACGUGAUAACAUUCAAGGUAUAACGAAGCCAGCUAUUCGUCGUUUGGCACGUCGUGGUGGCGUGAAACGAAUUUCAGGUCUCAUUUAUGAAGAAACGCGUAGCGUGUUGAAGGUUUUCCUGGAAAACGUUAUACGUGAUGCCGUGACAUACUGUGAGCAUGCCAAACGAAAAACGGUUACGGCAAUGGAUGUUGUUUAUGCUUUGAAACGUCAAGGACGUACUCUGUACGGUUUUGGCGGCUGA